AUGGAAGAAAGAAAUGCUAUCAGAGAUGAUCUUCAUCAAGCUUACUUGGAAGAAGAAACAUAUUGGAAACAGAAAAGCAUAAUCACUUGGCUUAGAUCAGGAGAUAGAAAUACUAGGUAUUUCCAUGCGAUCACAAAAGCAAGAAGAGUAAGGAACACAAUUAAUUCUAUCCAAGAUGAUCAAGGAGUUAUUCGAAGGGGUCAAAAGGAAGUGGCUGAUGUGGCUACGAAGUAUUUUCAGAAUCUUUAUGCUUCUGAGGAGACAAAUUCAAAUCUAUACAUGGAGGUUUUUUCGGGAUUCAGGAGGCGUGUUACACAAGAAAUGAAUGAUGAUCUUACAAAACCAGUGACUGAAGAGGAAAUUCAAGCUGCUUUAUUUGAUAUGGGACCUCAUCGUGCACCUGGAGCUGAUGGAUUCUCUGCUGCUUUUUAUCAGAAGUUUUGGAUGGAUUGCAAAGCUGAUUUACUGGCACAAGUUACUUCUUUCUUUAACACUGGUAUAUUGGAUCAGCAGCAUAACCACACGAAUCUCUGCCUUAUACCAAAAGUAUAUCCUCCAGCGGGUAUGACAGAUUUUUGCCACAUUGCUUUAUGUAAUGUUUCUUACAAAAUCAUUUCAAAGAUUUUGGUUAACCGGCUGAAGCAUCAUUUACCUGAUAUCGUCUCGGAAUAUCAGAAUGCGUUUGUUCCUGGUAGAUUAAUUUCAGACAACAUUGUGGUUGCUCAUGAAAUUUUUCAUAGCCUUAAAGUCAGAAAGCGUCAAUCAAAUUCCUAUAUGGCGGUUAAGACAGAUAUUACUAAAGCUUAUGACCGCCUUGAGUGGAGAUUUUUGAAGGAGACGAUGCAAUGUAUGGGUUUUGGAGAAAGAUGGAUCCAGUGGGUUAUGGCUUGUAUAUCUACGGUGUCCUAUUCAGUGUUGAUCAAUGGUGUACCUGAAGAAGUUUUGUCUCACAUGUGUAUUAGAGCUAUGGAAGAUCGUUCUCUUCUUGGUGUGAAAAUCGCAGCUCAAGCUCCCUCUGUAAAUCAUCUGCUAUUUGCAGAUGAUUCUCUCUUUUUCUCUUUGGCUAAUCAAAAGGCUGCAAGACGGUUAAAAGAAAUAUUUACCAAGUAUGAAGCUGUCUCUGGAAAAUACUUGGGAUUGCCAGAACAGUUUGGAUCCAAGAAAGGAGAGAUGUUUGCAUAUAUUGUUGAUAAGGUGAAACAAGUGGUUCAAGGUUGGAAACAGAAACAUCUCACUCAAGGUGGAAAGGAGGAGAGGCUAGAGGUUUACAUUGGUAUGCAUGGAACAGAGUCUGUAUACCUAAGAAAGAAGGAGCAGCCUAAUUGUUUAAUGGCUCGAGUUCUGCGAGCUAGAUACUUCCCGGAUGGAGAUAUCUUCAAGGCCACUCUAAAGACAAAAUCUUCCUAUGCUUGGAAAUCUAUUCUUCAUGGAAGGGAGUUGUUAGUGAAAGGAAUGAGGUAUAUCAUUGGAGAUGGAAUGACAACGAAUAUGUGGACAGACUCUUGGUUGAAUUUACAUCCUCCAAGACCACCAAGACCACAACGAGAAGUUAAUCCUCACUCCAAGGUUAGUGAUUAUUUUAAUGCUUCCAGAACGGGAUGGAACAUUGAUAAGCUUCGAGAGGAUGUGGUCCAUGAGGAUAUUGAGAAGAUUUUGGCUCUCAAAAUAAGUGAUAAGGCCAAACAGGAUCUGCUAGGAUGGCACUAUAACGAUAAUGGACUCUACUCAGUCAAAUCUGGCUACUGGUUGGCGACACACCUACCGGAUCAUAAUCAUAUUAUUCCAACGUAUGGAAGUGUUGAUUUAAAGAAACAACUAUGGAAGACGAAAGUGCCAGCUAAACUACAACACUUCCUUUGGAGAAUAUCUUCACGUUGUAUUGCCACGGGUAAUAAUCUCAGGAGAAGACAUGUAACGACAGAUGUUAUUUGCAAACGUUGUUGGCUUGAGAAAGAAACAGAGGAGCAUUUGUUUUUUACCUGUCCCUAUGCUAAGAAGAUUUGGCGAGGUGCAGGAAUAGCAAAUCCAGUUAUUGACAGAUCUCCCUAUAUGGAUAUUAUGGAGAAUAUGGAAGAGUAG